ACAGAACAAUGGACUGGGACGUUGUCAGGGACUUUCCUUUGAGUCAGUUUGACCUAAGCUUACCCCAUUGCUACUGCACAAGAACAGCAGUUACGCAAGUAUUCAAGCCGAGACCAAGGAGUAAAAUAGGCCGUGAGUCAGUGGUCAGCUAUGGCUAUCAACCUAAAUAUCUUGCUGUGUGUCAUGCUGCUCAUGCCUCACUGUCUGGAUGUCUUAGGAAGAUCUGUUCCCAGUUGUGAAGGAGGGAAAGUCUGGAAUGUCCAGGUGCGCACAUGUGAGUGCCCACUGUGGACCUACUGGUACCAGCCCACCCAUGGAUGCGAGCCCUGCAGUCAGCUGUGCAGGGGCGAGGUAUCACAUUGUGAAGAUCAGAGCGAAUGCCAAGGGUACUUGCAGUCCCUGACAUCAACACUGAAGCCAGUCUCUACAGAAUCCUCAUGGACUGUCUCCCCUGCUGGGCAAAACAGUGCCUCUUUAACAGAGUUGACAACAGUGGAGCUGGCUGUCAUUUUUAUUGGACUGGUUGUGUUCAUACUUGUGCUGAGAAUGAUCUUCAUGGAGUGGACUCUGUGUAAGUUGAAGAAGCAGGUCUCCAAGAUUGCUGGAAUUAAUGCCCAGCCUUUUGAGAGGCAAAGUCUUAUGGACCACACCUGGGAGAAGCAGCGUUACGAGCCUGACGGUGCUUUAACUGAGCAGGACAGAGGACGCACAGGUCUUCAGCCUGACACACAAGAGACUGAGGAGUCGCUACCUCCAGGAGGUGCCCAAUGUGCACGUGUGGUGACAUCUUCCUCUCCUUCUGAUGAUGAUGUCCAACACAGCCCGACCAGCGAUACAAAGCUGCACAAGCCAUCUGUGAAUGGAGACAUGCUGCAGGAGCACCAUGAUGCUGUUAACGCUGAUCAGUGAAUGUUUCUUCUGAAAAACGAAAAUGAAAUCAUAAAUAUAAACUGACUUGUCAGAACAAAAUGUAGCAAACAAAACUAACUUUUUGUUUGUAUGCUUUCCUUCCUUUGUGGUUAUUAGGAUAGUUUGAUUUGUAAUAAUGACACCAACAGAUGUUGCAUAGAUGGGAAAACUCUUUUGUAUCAACAGAGUCUUACAGAUUGAGAUUAUUGAGAGGCCAACAGUGCUGCCCAAAAAUCGGUCCAGUGAUGGUGUGACAAGACAUGAUGAUUUCUUUAUAUUUCAAAAGUAUACAAAAAAUAAUGUUGAACUUAAGUCACCUUCAAACAUAACAUUCACAAACAAAUAUAGAAAGUUUACUUUCACAUGAUCUAGCUUAACAGACUACUUUUCUGUGUAUUCCUAUGCAAAGAAGUUCAUGUGACAUAUAUAUAUAUAUAUAUAUAUAUAUAGAUAUACAUGUAUAUGG